CGCGAGGCCAGCCGGAGGUGAGACAGCCGCGAAGAGGAGGCCAUGGCAGCCUGACUGACGUGGAAAAGUGUCCAGAGUCCGCUCCUAACUUUUUAAGGAACGUCUUGGGAGCAACUUCGUCGUCUCCUCACUCUCACGCCGAAGCCGUAGGUUGGACGGUUAUACCCCAAAAAAAAUUAUAAAAGAAAAAAAAAGAAGAAUGAGUCUGGACAAAGCCGAGCUGUGUGAUUCCCUUCUAACUUGGUUGCAGACAUUUCAGGCGCCAUCAUGCAACUCCAAGCAAGACCUAACAAGUGGAGUGGCCAUCGCACACGUCUUAAACACGAUAGACCCUUCUUGGUUUAAUGAGACAUGGCUGGGCAGGAUCAAGGAGGAGAGCGAAGACAACUGGCGCCUGAAGGUCAGCAACUUGAAAAAGAUUCUCAAGAGCAUGCUGGAGUAUUACCAUGACAUACUGGGUCACCAGGUCUCAGAUGAGCAUUUGCCAGAUGUGACCCUAAUUGGUGAAAUGGGGGAUGUCACUGAGCUGGGCAAGCUGGUGCAACUCGUAUUGGGCUGCGCUGUCAGCUGUGAGAAGAAACAAGAGCAAAUCCAGCAGAUAAUGACACUUGAGGAAUCCGUCCAGCAUGUCGUCAUGACAGCCAUUCAGGAGCUUUUAUCAAGAGAUCCCUCAUCUGGACCAGGAAGCCCCGAGACCUACGGAGACUUUGACUACCAGUCCAGGAAGUAUUAUUUUCUAAGUGAGGAGGCAGAUGAGAAAGCGGACCUUAGUCAGCGCUGUCGUGAUCUGGAACAUCAGUUGUCGGUGGCUCUGGAGGAAAAGUUGUCUCUACAGAACGAGACUCGUUCCUUGAAAGAGAAGCUGAGCAGCUGUGACUACUUGGACGCCUCAAACACUGCCAUCACUGGCAAAAAGCUACUGCUGCUGCAGAGUCAGAUGGAACAGCUCCAGGAGGAGAAUUACAGACUGGAGAACAGCCGAGAUGACAUAUGUGUGCGUGCAGACAUGCUUGAGCGCGAGGUUUCCGACCUGCAGCAACGUAAUGAGUAUCUGACCAGUUUGGCACAAGAAGCUCAAUCCCUCAAAGACGAAAUGGACAUUCUCAGGCACUCAUCCGACCGGGUGAACCAGCUCGAAACUCUGGUGGAGACGUACAAACGGAAGCUGGAAGAUUUGGGUGACCUGCGCAGGCAGGUGCGCCUCCUGGAGGAGCGCAACACAGUGUAUAUGCAGCGCACCUGCGAACUGGAGGAGGAGCUGCGCAGAGCUAAUGCUGUCCGCACUCAGCUCGACACCUUCAAGAGACAGGCACAUGAGCUUCACACAAAGCACCAGUUAGAGGCCGUAAAAGCUGAGAAGUGGCAGUUUGAGUACAGGAAUCUUAAUGACAAGUAUGAUGCACUCCUGAAAGAGAAAGAACGUCUGAUGUCCGAAAGAGAGACACUCCGGGAGACAAAUGAUGAGCUGAGAUGUGCUCAAGUCCAACAGAGCUGUCUCAGUGGAGGAGGAGGUUUGUGUGGCAAUGAGGCGGAGGCAGGAAACCUUGCUGCAGAGAUCAUGCCUGCUGAGCUCAAGGAGACAAUGGUGCGCCUUCAGAGUGAAAACAAGAUGCUGUGUGUCCAGGAGGAAACCUACAGACAGAAAGUAGUGGAGGUGCAGGCUGAGCUCGAGGGGGCUCAGCGCAGCAAGAAUGCUCUAGAAACCCAAAACAGGCUACAACAGCAGCAGAUCUCGGAGCUGCGUUCUCAGGUUGAGGAGCUCCAGAAAGCACUUCAGGACCAAGACAGCAAAGCUGAGGAUUCCUCUCUACUGAAGAAGAAGCUUGAGGAGCAUUUGGAGAAGCUCCAUGAAGCCCACACUGACCUCCAGAAGAAGAGAGAAGUCAUUGAUGAGCUGGAACCCAGAGUGGACAGCAACAUGGCAAAGAAGAUAGAUGAGCUCCAGGAGAUAUUGCGAAAGAAGGACGAGGACAUGAAGCAGAUGGAGGAGCGAUGCAAGCGUUAUGUGGAGAAGGCAAAUGCGGUGAUCAAGACACUUGGUCCUCAACAACAGCCAGUCACUGUGAGUCCUGAUAUUCUGGCCCUGAAGAACCAGCUGACAGAGAAAGAGAGAAAAAUCCAGCACCUAGAGCAUGAUUAUGAGAAGAGCAGAUCCAGACAUGACCAGGAGGAGAAGCUCAUCAUCAGUGCUUGGUACAACAUGGGAAUGGCCUUGCAAAAUCGCGUGGCCGGCGAGAGGCUGAGCCCCUCCAACCAAUCCAUGUCCUUCCUGGCUCAGCAGAGGCUGGCGACCAACAUCAGGAGAGGCCUGACUCGACCUCACCCCAGAUAAAAACCUUCUUUACAUGCUUGAGGAAGGAACCAGAGAGAGAAUGAAGUGAUUUCUCAUCACCUGAACUCCUCUUUUUCUGCCUUUAUUUUUUGGCGCACUAGCUGCAGAUUCUCCCUGUGGCGAAUUUCAACUGGAGUAUGAAGAAAGGCUGUCUCACCUUUUUUAAGGUGAAAUGUACACUGUUUUUAUUUCAUCUUUUAAUUUUUAACCCACUUUUAAUACAAGUUUAGUUGUUUUUUUUAACAUUAUUGGUCCUUAGAGGACCUUUUAAAAUGAUGCUGUCCAUAGGGACACGUGAAACAGAACGCCUCAUUAAAAUAUACGAACGUUGCCCAAUACCUCCAGAUAUAGACUUUACAACCACUCGAGUACACUGUUUAUUUAUUUAAUUUUUUUUUUGUUAUUGUUGCUUCCUCAGAUCAUGUAAACUGCCUUUUUUGGACUCUAUAAGUAUAAACUUCACUUGAAUAAUAUUAUUCUCUUUAAGAAGCACUUUCCUCUUACAGUAGCAGUGUUUAGUGCUUCGUAAGAGACACCAAAUGCUUCCUGUGUGUUGGAAAGCAUGUAUGGGAUAUGUUCAGUCAUAUUAUUUAACAUGUUCAGUUAAUUGAGUUUUUUUAAUUAAUUUCAUUGCGAUUUAUUUUUCUCUCGCUUUGUGUGGGUUGAACCUAAAUGCACUCACCACUUUAGACGACACAAAUGUGAAUGUAGGAACUUCCAAACCAACUGACAGCCUCCUGGGAUCACAAAUAUGUGAUCAAGGGGAAGAAACACUAAAUGCUGAUUAGAACUAGUUGGAAGUGUUAUUGAUUGCUCACAUGGAGUUUGUCUGUGCGCAUGAACAUAAGUGUAUAUAAAGGUUUUGUUUUAAGAGAUGCCUUUUAUUCACUACUAUUUUUUUUUUACAGACGAGUUGCUGCAAGCCUGUAAUAUUCAUUAAAUCCCGUGUCUUGUCGUCCUUCCCUGACUACGUGUGCUGUAGUCUAUACAGACCGAAGGCCUGAAUUUGUGUGCACAGUUUUUACUUUUUGGAUUCACGUCAUGAUUAUGUAGGUGUUUGGUUUGCAGUGUUUUGUUUGCAGUGUUUGGUUUACAGUGGUUGACUUUGUUUUGCUGUAUAUUGGUCUAAUAGAUUAUAGCACACUGUACUUCACACAAGGAUGUCCGCAAUUUCCACCGGAGCACGACAAAUAAAUGGGAUGUUUAAACACAA